UGAAAAUUUGAAAAACAAGAGGCAGAAGAGUGGUGGGCGAGAGAGAAGGGUCGGGGCCGUCGAUCCGCAGUAUUCGGAGCUUCAUUUCUUCUCACUCUUUUCUUUUUGCAGUUCCUUCACAAAACGAACCCCCCCAUCUCCUCUCUCCCUCCGGAUUCCUUUCUCGCUCCAUAUAACUUCCUCUCUCUCUCUCGUGAGACCUUGUAUAUAUGUAUUCAUAGUCGCUGAAGAGUUUCGAGAAAUGCGGUUGUGCUUUUCGUUCGAAUCGCUACGAGGUCAAAGCAAUUGCUUAUGUGAUGCGUGAUUCUUUACUGGUUGAAAUCUUACCCUGCAGCAGUUAUUGAAUUCAUGAGAACUGUUGCCAUGAACUUUCCAAUCUUGCAAGUGCCCAGAUUCAGAAUCCAUGCCUUAGCUAGUUCUUGUUUUGAAAGUUUCCACAGUUUAAGCAGGACUGGUGGAAACAAUUCCAGUUUUAGGAUUUUGGGGUGCAGUACCCAUGGGCUUGAAGGAGGACACAGUAGUAGGAGAUGGAGUAGAAGACCCAUAACUACAAAAACAGAAGGAAGAAACAAAAAGACACUGACCAGCAAAACAAGCAACCUCAGACAAGAAAUAUCAGAUGGAUCAAUUGCGACUAGCAAUAAAUUAAAUAUUAAUAAAUCAGAAAUGAGUGAAUUCCAAAGAACUCAGUGCUGUGAUAUCAAACAGAAUAUUGGUGAAUCCAGAGAUUUGUUUGGCCUUGUAACUGUCAUUGUGUUUGAUAUUGAGACCACUGGGUUUAGCAGAGUGAAUGAUGGGAUCAUUGAGAUUGCACUGCAGGAUCUUCAAGGUGGUGAAAACAGCACUUUCCAGACACUAGUAAAUCCUGAACGCUAUGUGCCAAAUACAAGUGUCCAUGGCAUUUCAACCCAGAUGGUCAGCAAACCUGGUGUUCCUAGGAUGAAGGACCUCAUUCCAAUCUUGAUGCAGUUUGUCAAAAGCCGCCAAAAACCCAAUGGACCUGUAUUGUGGAUUGGACACAAUGCUCGUUCUUUUGAUGUACCCUUCUUGAUUAAUGAAUUUACUCGCUGCUCCUUUGAAAUUCCUCCAGAUUGGCUUUUUAUGGACACAAUUCCUCUGGCACGUCAAGUCAUAAAGUCAAGAGGAUUGAAGCUUCCUCAGAAAGUGUCACUAGAAGCCCUUCGGGAGUAUUAUCAAAUUCCAUUAAUUGGAUCCGCCCACAGAGCCAUGUCAGAUGUAUACACAUUAUCGAUGAUUGUUCAAAGGUUGUCUUUUGACCUGAAAUUGCCGGUUGCUGGUUUUAUUGAGAAAUCAUUCAGUGCAUCAGAUUUAAGUAAUGUUAAGAAGAAGAACAAUUCAGGAUAGUUUCAAAACAUGUUUUUGCUUCUGUAAUGUUUAUUUGUUGCAUUAUUCAACUCAUUCUUAUCAAUGAAAUUCUGCCUAUUAUUGGAGCAAUUGUCAAUAUUUUGCUGGAUACGGAGGACUGUCUUUUAAUUCAAUAUAUUCAGCCAUGUCUAGUGAGGAGUGGCUUUGUAGUCUA